AUGUGUGGCCAGCAUGAAGAUGGGGACGCGAACUCCUCCACUGCCGUCAUCUCGCCGUCGCCCUCAUCGACUCCCUUCCCCUGGGAAUCCGGCAUCUAUGAUGCUCAUUGCCACCCCACAGAUACCAUGUCGACCGUCGACCGCAUCCCCGCCAUGCGCGCCGCUGCUCUAACUGUCAUGGCCACCCGGAGCCAAGACCAGGCUCUCGUCGCUGAGAUUGCUACGUCCCACGGCGUUCGCUCAAAGUACGAAAUGUCUCAGGGUCAUCUGAUCCCCUCCUUUGGCUGGCAUCCGUGGUUCUCCUACCAGCUAUUCGACGACACCGUGCCCGAGGCUGAGAGGACCUACCCCGAGGGCCAGCCCGACGCGAAGACGCGCCAUUACCACGCCGUCCUAGCCCCCGCCCCAGAGGACCCCGACUUUCUCGACGCCUUGCCCACCCCGCGUUCUUUGUCAUCCUUUUUGGCCGAUACGCGCCGCCGCCUCCAAGACCAUCCCCUUGCUCUAGUCGGUGAGGUUGGUCUCGACAAGGCCUUUCGCCUGCCCGAAGGAAGGACCGACGCUGAUGAGUCCUCGCGUGACCGGACCCUGACCCCGGGCGGUCGUGAGGGGCGUCGUCUGGCGCCUCAACAUGUCAAGAUGCCCCACCAGGUUGCCGUGCUGAAAGCCCAGCUGGCGCUUGCGGGUGAGCUCGGCCGCCCUGUGAGCGUCCAUGGCGUCCAGGCCCACGGCCUUCUCCACGAUACCCUCUCUUCACUGUGGAAGGGUCACGAGAAGGAGGUCGUCAGCAGGAAAAAGAAGCGCCUCGUUGCCGAGGGAGCCGAGGAUUUUGAUUCUGACGAUGAGCCCGAGGAGGAUAACUUUGGCCGAAAAAACGUGCCGCCGAAGCCGUAUCCCCCACGGAUAUGCUUACACUCGUACUCUGGGUCCGCCGAGAUGUUGAAGCAGUACACUAACCCGGCCAUCCCGGCCCGUAUAUUCUUCUCCUUCUCUUCCGCUAUUAACUUAGGGACCAAGGCAGGAGCUGACAAAAUCGUCGAGGUCCUCCAGGCAUGUCCCGACGACAGCCUUCUGGUGGAAAGCGACUUACAUAUCGCCGGCGAGGAAAUGGAUGCCAGACUGGAAGAGAUGUACCGCAAGGCCUGCGAGGUCAAGGGAUGGGGCCUUCAGGAAGGCGUCGAGCGCAUAGGGAGGAACUACCGGAACUUCAUAUUUGGCUGA